AUGGCCUCACAGGCCACCUCCCCCUUUAAGGACCAAAAGUCUCGGCCCGGGUUCUGGCCCCUGACUGGAGCUCCUAAUGGGCCUACGGGCCACUGCGGUGUGAAGCCUUCCUCCAUUAACCACCGCAAUGUUGUCGCCGGCAAUGCUGACAUUGGUAAGGCUGGCUCUUCCAGCCUGGGCAAUCCUGGCAUCGGAAAUGCUGCUAGUGGCACCACUGGUAGUGGCACUGCUGUCAGUGGAAAUGCUGACAGGGGCAAGGCAGGCUCCUCCAGCUGGGGCAAUCCUGGCAGUGGAAAUACUGCCAGUGGCAAUGCUGGUAGUGGCAAUGCUGACAGUGACAAUGCUGGUAGCGGAAAUACUGACAGGUCCAAGGCUGGCUCCUCCAGCAAAGGCAAACUUGCCAGCGAAAAUGCUACCAGUGACAACGCUGGCAGCGGCAAUGCUGACAGUGGUGUGGCGCACUCUGGAUGCGUCGGUGGCGCUGGCAGUAGUAAUGCUACCCUCAGCGUGGGACACUCCAGCAGUGGUGGUGGCGCUGCGUACUCCGGCAGUGAUGGCGCUGGCAGUGGAAAUUCUGACAUCUGCAUGGGACACUCGGCAGUGGCAGCGGCCAAAGCACUGAAAGACCCUCUGGCGGUGACAAACAGACAUUCCCGGGUGGUGACGAACAGGCAUCCUCGGGCACUGCAAGCUUGGAGUCACCGGGCGUUGCAGGCUUGA